AUGGACGAGGCGGCGACGACCCAGCAGACGGGGCAGGGUCCACCUGCCGACCAAGAAGGCGCCGCCGUCGAUCUGCUGAGCGGGCUCUGCGACGACGUGCUCGUGCGCAUCCUCGGGCUGGCGGCACACGCGAGGGACGCGGUGCGCACGGGCGCCCUCUCCCGCCGGUGGCGCGGCCUCUGGCGACGCGUCCCCGCGCUCCGCUUCGACUCGGAGCGGUGGUUCGAGCACGGCGGGAGCGCCCGGGGAUUCAUGGCCUUCGUCGACGACACCCUCGCCCUCCGUGCGCGAUCCGGCGACGGCGGCGGCGGCGGCCUCGAGCAGCUGGAGAUCUUGCUGCUCAGAUGGGACGGCGGCAAAGGCAAACAGCAACUCGUGCCGCCGCCGUCCGUCGGAAUCAUCGGAGCGGCGGAGAGGUGGAUCUGGCACGCCAUGCGGCACGGGGUGAAGUCCUUCCACUUUGAGCUGGAGCUGCCUGAUCGAGGCGACGCCGAAGAGACGCAUGUGAUGGCUCUCGACGAGCUUCCUAGCUCUGCAAAUCUGGAGGCCAUGUAUCUGUACUUGAGCCACGCCACGGUCCGGCUCCCCGCCACCGUGGCAUUCGCGUCGCUCACCGAUCUCACCCUUGAAGGAUUGCAGGUAGCAGGCGACGAUGUCGUCCUCCUCGCCCGCCUCGCCUCGGCGGCGUGCUGCCCGGUUCUACACAAGCUCCACAUGGGCUUCAUUACCCUUGUUGGGGAGCAAAAGCUGGUGCUUGAUGCCGGUGAGCUCACGGAGCUGUCACUGGCGGACGUGGAUGGAAUGGGAUCGCUGGAACUGACUACUCCUAGCCUCCGGGUUCUCCGCAUCGACGGCUGCAAGGAGCUUGAGUCGCUCGCGGCCUCGGCCACCCCGAGGCUGGAGAAGCUCGCGUGUCAGAGAAACCACCACUUGCUGAGCAUCGAUCGGGAAUUGCCCUCCGUAUCCCGCCUCAAGGUUGACUUGUACGCCUAUUCCGGUUACCGCAGCAUCAAGCUCCUGUAG